UACGCCCCCCUUAGCUUCAAGUCACGCCCCUUUCAUCUGAUUGGCUGUUCGCUCUAAACAUAGUCAUGUGACGAGCUCUCCAACAAGCACAACCCGGAAGUACACAGAAACGGGUCCAGGAUGUCAUCAGCCCUCCUGUGUUUCCUUCUGGCUGCUCCAGUGCUGCUGGUCACUGGCACCCCAGUUCAUGAGUCCGCCAAUGGGACCAUACCACUGGUGCUGUGGCAUGGCAUGGGUGACAGCUGCUGUAACCCGCUCAGCAUGGGGUUCAUAAAGAAGAUGAUCCAGGAGGAGAUCCAUGGCAUCUACGUGCUCUCUCUGAUGAUUGGAGGGAACGUUAUUGAGGACACAGAAAAUGGGUUUUUCAUGGACGUGAAUGAGCAGGUGUCCAUGGUGUGCAGCCAGCUGGCCCAGAACCCAGAGUUGAAGGGAGGAUAUAAUGCUAUGGGAUUCUCCCAGGGGGCUCAGUUUCUACGAGCUGUGGCUCAGCGCUGUCCCUCUCCACCAAUGAAAAAGCUCAUCUCUGUUGGUGGCCAGCAUCAAGGGGUGUACGGGCUGCCAAGGUGUCCCGGAGAGAGCUCCAACAUCUGCGACAUGAUCCGCAAAGCUCUGAACAAUGGAGCAUACACCGACCUGGUUCAGAAACAUCUGGUUCAGGCGCAGUACUGGCACGACCCUCUGAAUGAUGACCUGUAUAAGAAGCACAGCCUGUUCCUGGCUGACGUCAACCAGGAGAGGGCUGUGAAUGAGACGUACAAGAAGAACCUUCAGCAGCUGGAGAAGUUCGUCCUCGUCAAGUUCCUGCAGGACACUGUGGUGGAUCCUGUUGAUACUGAGUGGUUCGGCUUCCUGAAGACCGGUCAGGCCAAAGAGACGGAAACUCUGCAGGAGAGCGUUCUCUACACAGAGGACCGUCUAGGUCUGGCCGCGAUGGACAAAGCAGGAAAGCUGGUCUUCUUGGCGUCUGAAGGAGACCACCUGCAGUUCACCCGAGAGUGGUUCAUCGCAAACCUGCUGCCUUAUCUUCGCUAAAACACGCCACUUAAAUCAUAUAUGAGACUUUAACUGGAACUGUUAUUUUUGCUAUGGAAGAAGCUACUAACUAGCUUCAUAAGCGGAGCAGGUAUGCACUAUGAAAGCACAUAACCCAUUCCUUUCGCACUGAUCACCUGUCGCACGCUGAUACUUGUAUAAUGUUAAUUGUAGCACGUCUACUGCUGUCUCAAUCACUCUCCUUUGCAAACUCUUCAGAUGAGGUCAGAUUAUCAGAAGGUUGCAUUUUUCUGACUGUAUCUGCACAUGUUUUUAACAUUCAUCCAAUAAAGACAAACCAAAACAAA